GCAAAAUAAUGUUGUGACCAUAAUUGCUAGUCUGGUCGAAGAAUAUGUUUAGACUGACUCUGUGACCUCCGGACUUUGCUUUGAGCGAUAAGGAGAGAGCCAGUUCCGUCAUUUUUAAUUUCAAUACACUGACAGUAAGUCACAAGAAAUAUACUGUGCGAUUUCUUAAAAAAAAAUACCACGAUGAAUGAAACAAACACGUCUGGGGUGCUGAUACAAACCAUGUUUUAUCUGAUGAACCAGUCAAUUAUACAGGAACAAGCGGCAAGCUAUAAUUAUUAUUUGUUACAGAUCGGUCAAGCCCCUCAAGUUACAGAAAAAUGCUAUGGAACUUAUGGGUGUUUUAACUUGUCAUCGCCAUGGACUUCGCAAAACAGACCAGUGUCUUUGUAUCCCGAGGACUUGAUAAAGAUAGAACCUAGAUACCCAGUGUACACGAAAAAACGAAUGCACGAUCCGCAUUACAUUGAUUUAAACGACAUAUUUUUCGUUGAAAGUUCAGGUAUAGACCCGAUGCAAAACAUUUAUUUUAUAUCGCAUGGUUAUUUGGAAGGGGGAGACAACCCAUGGAUUGUAGAGAUGGCCCACGAAUUAAUAAAACAGGAUCCGAAAUGUUCAGUGAUAGCGGUUGACUGGAGAGGUGGAUCGGGCCCACCCUACACACAGGCAGUGGCUAAUAUACGGCUGGUGGGUGUUAUAACAGCACAUCUAAUAGCAGAAAUAGCUCGGCACACCAAACACCUUAAAUUGGACCAAGUCCAUUUGAUUGGACAUUCGCUGGGAGCCCAUCUUAGUGGAUACGCUGGAUACACUUUGCAAAAGGAAUUUAAUCUGAAGCUGGGUAGGAUUUCAGGGUUGGAUCCCGCCGAGCCCCAUUUCGGCCAAGAGGCCCCUCCAGUAAGACUAGACCGUUCAGCGGCAAAAUACGUCGAUAUCGUGCACACCGACGCAAAUCAUUUCAUCGAGCUGGCUUUGGGAAUGAAGCGGCCAAUCGGACACGUGGAUUACUACCCGAACGGUGGCGACAACCAACCGGGUUGCGGGAAAAGUAUGGUUCAGUACGUCAAUGAGCAAGAGGGUAGUUUUUUUAGGGGGUUAAGGAAGUAUUUGGGUUGCAACCAUAUGAGGAGUCAUGAGUAUUUUAUGGCGAGUAUAAGGCCUACGUGUUCGUUCAGGAGUUUUUCGUGUUCAUCGUUUAAGGAUUUUGAAGCAGGCAAAUGUUUAAAAUGUGGUAAUAAAAAUAAGUGUUUGCAAUUUGGUUUUCAUGGUAGAAAAUCAUAUGAAAAGCAUAUUAGCCAAAAACCUAAUGACAAAGAAAGUGUUAUACAAUACCUGAUAACCAGUGAUGCAAGGCCCUAUUGUAUGGGCCAUUAUUUCAUAAGAGUCAAAGUGUCAUCAUCAGCAGAAAGCUUGAAACACAAAGGCGAAAUAGGCCAACUCAUGUUUACUAUGCACAGCACUCAGGACGGUAAAGGCCCGCAUUCUUCUCCAGCGGGCUUCGUAAACGGCUACUACGGCCCUGGAGAUUAUUUCCAAAAGGUCAUAGUCGCCGACGAAGUUAAAGAUCUCAGGGCGGUGGAGGUCACGUGGAAAUACACUAGCAGCCUUUUUAAUCCUCUUACUUGGAGGAUUCUGACCAAUCCCAAGAUUUUCCUCGACGAAAUCAUUGUGGAUUCGUUAGAAUUACAAAAAAGUUUAAGGGUGUGUCCAAAAAAUAAAAUGCCGCUUUUAAAUGGAAUCCCACAACUAAUGAUACCAUCAUAUUGUUGAUAACAAUUAAGAUAAAUCAUUUAUCAUAUCAUCCUCAUUAAAUUAUUUAUUAUGUUAGAGACCACAUCAAAGCUAAAUAAAACUUAUUUUUAGGUAA